UUUAGAUCUUGAUAACAUAGGUGGUGCUUCAUGGCGAAUUCUUGAAUUCACCAAAAUGGACGGCAUUACUUCAUCCCCGUUCUUGAAUACUUAUACACAAAGCGCUUUAUCAACUGAAUUACCAAAUACUUCACACUUUGAAAAUACAUCGAAGCAUGUUUCGGAACAGUUCUUGUUCCUGGAAACAAAGUGGGCUCAAGUGUUUACUGGAUUAGUUGCUUUUACAGCUAUUCUUGUUACCUGUCAUCAAAUCUAUUUACAUUUAAUUAAUUAUACAUGUCCAAAUGAACAAAGAUGGGUUGUGCGUAUUUUAUUCUAUGUACCAAUUUAUGCAUUUGAAUCAUGGCUUAGCUUGUUGUUUCUGAAGCAUGAAGACUAUUAUGUCUAUUUUGAUUCUGUACGAGAUUGUUAUGAAGCUUUUGUGGUUUACAGUUUCUUAAGUCUAUGCUAUGAAUAUCUCGGUGGAGAAAGUUGUAUCCUGUCAGAGAUUAGAGGUCGUGAAUUACCACGUUCAUGGGCGUUUUGCACAUGUUGCUUUUAUGGUCAAACGUAUACAAUAGAAUUCCUACGAUUCUGUAAACAGGCAACUCUACAAUUUUGUAUCAUUAAACCGUUAACAUCGAUUGCGACAAUUAUUUUACAAGCUAUUGGAGUUUAUAAACACGGAAUUUUCAGUGCUACAAAUGGUUAUUUAUAUGUAACAGUAGUCUACAACGCAUCUGCAUUUGUAGCACUAUACGCUUUAGUGUUAUUCUAUUUGGCUACACGAAGCAUCCUACAACCAUUCGACCCAGCGAUUAAAUUUGCUGUAGUGAAGUCUGUUGUAUUCUUGUGUUUCUGGCAAGGUGUGGUAUUAGCUAUCCUGGAAAAGGCUGAGGUACUGCCAGCUUUACCGAAUACAAACGCUGGUACAGUUGCAGCUGGUAUACAAAAUUUCUUGAUUUGUUUAGAAAUGUUUGCGGCUUCAAUCGCUUUGAGAUUUGCAUUCCCAUCACAAUUAUAUUCUGAUGGCAUUGGCACAGGACCGACAACAUUUAGUGGCUAUGAUAGUCUAGGCGGAGGUGACGUGCUUCAUGAAACAAAGAAACGUGGAUUUUUACCAUCAUCUGAUUCGCUGCGUAGUCUACGGGAUACAUUUAAUCCAAAGGAUAUGCUGAAUGAUGCUAUUCAUAAUUUUCACCCGAGUUAUCAAAAGUAUACACAACAACGUAAUCCAAAGGAUGAUUUCGACGAUGAACCAACUGGUUCAUAUCAAGGUGAUGCGCUUACCGCUUAUAAAGAACAAGACAAUAGCAUACAAUCAACUGUACCCGCUCCACCGAUACCUCCACCAAUUCAAUCCCAUUGAGAGAUUGUUUCCAUCACAUUAUAUACACAGACAUACAGAGUGUGUGAGAGAGAGACAGUCCCUAUUGAAGAAUGUGAGACGAAACCAUGACUGACUGAUUGAUUCCUUUAUUUAUUUAUCUAUUUAUUUAUUCUUUCAUUCAUUUUUAUGUCUUUUGCGUUUUGUCUUUUCAUAUAUGUCCUUGUGUGUGUGUGUGGUGUGCGUUUGUGUCUAGUGCAUUUCUUGUUACCACCUCAUAUCUCCCUCUGUCUCUCUCUCUCUCGUUCUCCCCUUCCAAAUCCCCUGAUCUAUGUAUCCAUCUGUCAAUCUUCAAUGAUUAUGAAAGAUUAUUAUUAUUGUUACUGUCAUCAAUAUCAUUAUCAUUAAGCAACAUAUUUUCAUGUUUAAGAUUUUCUUCAGAUAAGCUAAUUUUUACUAUCAUCAUCCUCAUCACUGUCAUCAUCAAUAUCGACAUCAUCGCUGUCAUCAACAUCGUCAUUGAUAUUUCAGCAAUAUUCUUUGACUUCUAUUUCUUUUACCUUUCAGAUUUCACCUGUUUAUGUUGUGUUUCUGGUCCGUGUGUAUGUGUGUGUACAUGUCAGUGUGUUGACUUCCUGUCUUAAUUACUUUUAUUCUUCUGUGCAUUUAAUACGCUUAGGUGGUAAUACGAUCAAAUAUAUACAAACUACUGUAUAGAUAUAUAUGGAAAAAAAAUCAUUAUUGUUUCUGAGGUCUCAUUCAAUAACACUUUUAGGUAUAUGUGUAUAUUUGUGUUUGUGUUUGUUUCUGUGUGUGCUUGCGUGUGUGCGUGUGCCCAUGAACUACAGUAACACAGUACUCUAUAACUUCUUCUCCAUCCCUUAUCCAUUGUCUCGUUGUGAUCUAGUCUUGAUUUAUUGAGACAUUUCCCAAGGGGAUAAAUAAUCCAUAUAUUGAUUCAUUCUGAUCUAUUCAUCAUCAUCAACAACAACAACGACAACAAAAAGAGGUAGGUUGACAAUUUCACAUCUUUCACACCCCUCUACAAUUGAUCUUUUACGUUGUUGUUGUUGUUGCCGUUGUAUGUUGUCGUUGUUGCUGUUGGUUCUAUUUCCGUGAUCAGAUUUGUUUUUCAUACAUAUAAUAGAACAUAUUUUUCUGUCUCUUUCUCUUUUUCUUCUUCUUCUCUUUUCGAAAAUGUUACAUCAUAACAACCCACCUCUCUUAUAUCUCUGUGAUUGAUUUAGACUUAAUUUAAAUUCGUGAUUUAUUGAUUGAUUGACUUAUUGAUUAUGCUUCUGUGAUACACAUUUAGCCAAACUUCUUGCACGCACGCACGCACACACAUACACGUAAACACUGGCAGCAGUGAAAUGUGUGUGUAUGUGUGAAUUUAUAGUAUCCCUGUGUGUUGUCUGAUUGUUAUCAUUAUGAUGAUGAUUAUGAUUAUUAUGGUGAUAAUGUCAUUUGUGUGGCUUUUGAUUACAGUCAAAUAUAAA